AUGGCGUCGAAUGAUUCUAUAGAAUCCCACGUAAAAGUUAGUGAAAAUCGUGAUAACGUGGACGAUUGCUGCACUUCACCUAGCGAAACGGACGCCGGUGAGGCCAACAAACGUCGUCGAAUGAGUCAUGACCAUCCAAAACUUUCGAAAUUGGGAUACGAUCCAAGUGUGCCAACUAAUUUGAAACACGCAUCAUCUACUGAUUUCAAAGGGAGAAAGCGCAAGUUAAGCGGUGAAUCUAAAGAACUAUGUGUAUGGGGAGAGAACUCUCGACCGGCUAAAUACAGCAAGAUAUGGCCGGUCUUCGAUUCUGGAGGAUUCGGAGAUACAGUCCUCUCUCUCCAUAUACUUCAAAAACCAGAACCAGCAAAAAAUCCACUUCUUUUUAACAGAGACAGUGAUUUAAACCUGGAUUUGUUUGGAGGUAUCAACGCAUCUUGGAAGCAAACACAACUAUCUAACACCAUUCCCCAAGAUGAUCUAACUAAACGUAUUUAUUCAUCGGUGUCACGUCAACUUCGCAUAAUAAAUGGGCAUCUUCAAAAGAACAUGUCCAAAUAUAAGUAUCCAAAAGUGACGAGAGCAAAUGUUCUUCUAGAAUCAUCCACCUCAAGACGUCUCUCAACUCACAUAAGUUUGUCAGUGAAAGCAAUCAAAUUCCAAACGGCACCUCGUCGCGAGUUACCAUGUUACGGAAAUUUGGAGUUGCCAUUAAAACUUAAACAAGAAAAUGCGUCAACUCAGUAUUAUCCAUCUAUAAGAAGUAUUAAGUGUGAAGAUAAAGUGCAAAGUGACAUCAAAGUGAAAGUUGAACGUGAAGUUAAAAUAGAAAGCGAGAAAGAGAAGAGUAGGGACAGAGAAAGAGAAAAAGAAAGGGAAAAGGAAAGAGAAAAAGAAAGGGAAAAGGAAAGAGAAAAAGAAAGGGAAAAGGAUAGAUCCCAUUCAUCCCGUCACUCUUGCCAACAAUGCAGGAGGAGGGCUCGAAUCAAGAGAUGUUCCAUAGGAGUGCAGUGCAGGAGGGAACGGACUGGCCCCGUAUGGGGACCUUUGGCACACACCAUUGACUUGAAGGGCCUUAAAUACCAUAGACUAAUGCGGGUAGAGACACAUCCGAAUGGCGGCGCUAGUGUCGUGUAUCUGUACCAGCACGAUGUGGAUAUGCUCGGUCCGGCCCAACAAGAUGCACUCGCAAAGGAAUUUCUCAAGGUGGUGUUCUCGGAGGACAGCGACGGGUGGGCGCACUUCGUGUGCGGCGUGGUGCGCGGCGCGGCGGCGCGCCUGCCGUGCCUGCUGCGCCACCUGGCGGCGCGCCACCCCGCGCUCGCCGUCAAGGCGGGCGUGCUCGCGCGCGCCUCCGAUAUCGAGACCACUACCAUCAGUCGCUAUUACCAGCAGGUGCAACAAACCUACGCAGCAGGUACAUUCAGAUCUGGUCCACUCCACCAGAUCUCCCUCGUGGGCACGGUCCACGAGGAAGUGGGCGGGUACUUCCCCGAAAUGCUGUCUAUGCUUUCCGAGUGCCCAUUUCUUAAUUUGACAAUGCCGUGGGGUCCAAUGUCCGCUGUGGAAAUGGACCCACAGGAGUCCAACGACGGUCCAAUACUAUGGAUCAGACCCGGAGAGCAACUUGUGCCUACCGCUGAGCUUGGCAAGAGUCCCAUAAAGAAGAGAAGGACGGGCAUGAACGAGCUGCGCAACCUGCAGUACCUGCCGCGCUGGAGCGAGGCGCGCGAGUUCCUGUUCGAGGACCGCACGCGCGCGCACGCCGACCACGUGGGCCACGGCCUCGACCGCAUCACCACCGCCGCCGUCGGUGUACUGAAAGCUAUCCACUGCAACGACGAGUCGGACCGCGGGCGCAUCACCAAGGACGUGGUGGCGUUUCACGCCGCAGACUUCAACAAGCUGGUGCAGCUGCUGCAGCUCGAUCUGUACGAGCCGCCCAUAUCGCAGUGUGUCACUUGGUUAGAAGAAGCUAAACUUAACCAACUUAGACGGGAAGGUGUACGCUACUCGCGACUGCCUCUCUGCUCUGACGACGUGUACUUCCUACCGAGAAACAUCAUACAUCAAUUUAGAACUGUUUCAGCGGUGACCUCUGUUGCAUGGCAUCUCAGGCUGAAGCAGUACUACCCAUCAUCGGAGGCCUCUUCACCGGCAGAAGAGAGGUCACCACCCGACCAAAACACAAGCAAUCAUAGCGAUCCCAAAACCCCAACAAAACAUAAGCUCGGUGUCAUAGAAAUGAGAGCACUCAGCGCUAAAUUCAAAGAAAAGGCUGAAUUGAAAAUAUCAGAGAACAGGAAAGGUUUGGAAGUCCAAAAUAAAGAUAAACCCGAUGAAAAGAAAGAGAGGCGGACAGAAAGGCAUGAGAAGUCAGACAAGAGUGAUAAAACUGAGCAGAGAAGCGAUAAACACAAGGACACUCACCGGCACAGAGAUACUGACAAACACAGAACAGACAAAUCAGAUAAAUCAUCAGAAAAACCAGAAAUAAGACUGUCAGACAAAGAAAACAAACUUGACAAACCCGAAAAUAAAUCUGACAAACCUGACAGAGUCGACAGAACUGACAGAAUAGAAAGGCCGGACAAAGAUAGAACAGAAAGUAGAUCGGAUAAAUCAGAAAUGAAAACUAGUGACAAAAUCGAAAGAACGUCGGACCGAUCGGAAAGAACGGAUAAAACUGAGAAAUCAGAUAAAUCUGAUCGAACGCUGGACAGAUCCGAACGAUCAGAUAAAUCUGACAGCAGAACUGAGAAAGAAAAAGAAAACCGAACAGAUAAAGACAAUCGGCCAGAGAAGUCUGAUCGAGUGGACAAACAUGACCAUCAUCGAAGACAUACGUCAUCGCGGCAUAAAUCACAUAAAUCUGAAAGAUCGAGGGACCAUAAAGACCAUAGAAAGGACCACAAAUCAGACGACAGAAAAUAUGAAAAGCAUAGAGAUGUUAAGGAAGUGAAAAGUGUAUCUGACAAAACGCAAAGUGUAUCUGAUAAGACGCAAAGUGUGUCUGAUAAAGUGGCAAGUGUGUCUGAUAAAGUGCAAAGUGAAAAGUUACCGCAAGUGAUCCAUCGUUCUCCCGAU